GGUUUGCCUCUGUCAGGGUUAGCAGCAUCCAAGGAUGGGGGGAUGGGUGGAGAAGGGAGAGGAGAACUUUGUAGGGAAGCAACAAGAAAAAGGGAAAUCAAUUUAGCGUUGCAAGCCUGCGCGAUUUCUUGGCUGAUAGCUAUGGACUUAGCCGUCCAUGACGCUUUCUCUUUCCAGAGCGCACCAGGCAAGCUUACUUUAUUAUACUUUCAGUGCAAAACAGGAAAGAAGUGGGAUUCUAAGCCAACACCCGUUGUGGAAUGGAUGGCAGAAAGGAGGCUGGAAUGUAGCUCUGCAGCUCAAGGUUUAGCUAUAUCCCUAUUUGGCAGAGUUUAGGACAGAGUCAUCCACCCUUUGAAGGAUCAGGCAAAGACAUGGCUUUGGUUCCUUAUGACAGCACAGCUCUUUGGGGAAUGCAGAAGUUACAUAAAUCUUCCUCUACAUUCUGUUUUGCCAACCAUACAAUCCACAUUAAGCAGAAUUGGACGCAGUUGGGUGUAGCUGCUGUGGUUUGGGAUGCGGCAGUGGUCUUGUGCGCUUUCCUGGAGACGGGAGGCAUUGAUUUGCAGGGACGCAAGGUGAUUGAGUUAGGAGCUGGGACAGGCCUCCUUGGAAUUGUAGCGGUGUUACUUGGUGCUCAAGUUACAAUCACAGACCGAAAGCCGACAUUGCCCUUACUUGAGUCAAAUGUGCAAACUAAUUUACCUGUCAACCUUCAGUCAAGAGCAGCAAUAAAGGAACUUACCUGGGGACAAGAUUUGGCCGACUUUUCUCCAGGAGAAUAUGAUAUUAUUUUGGGCGCAGACAUAGUUUAUCUGGAAGAAACAUUUGCAGAUCUUCUUCAGACACUGGAUUAUCUCUGCUCUGAUGAGACUGUAAUCCUGUUAUCCUGCCGUCUCCGUUAUGAGCGGGACCAGAAUUUCCUGAAGAUGCUUAGAGAACAUUUUACAGUGCACGAAGUGCUCUAUGACCCUGGUAAUGAUGUGCAUAUAUUUAGAGCACAGAGGCAUAUCCUGAAGGGGGAUUUGUGAUUGGUCUGAUCAUGAAUUCUUGCCAGCUCGUGUCUUCUCUUUCCUUUUCAUUGCCCCAAUACUUGGAUCAAAAACUUCCAUGCAGCAUCUCCCUCUCUUUCUCUUGCAAUGAAAGUACUUUAUGAGAAUAAAGUGAAACUAAUCUAUUUUUUGGUUAUAAGGAGUUUGAUUAACUCCUUAUUUGGAGUUAAUCGGGUUGCAUUUUGUAUAAAAAUUGUCUUCUUGAUUUACUCAUUGUUAAAAUAAAGAAUCAGGUGAGCCAUAGAA